AUCGUGGACGUGGCCAGCCAGGUGGCUCUGUACACUUUCGGCCAUCGGGCCAACGAGUGGGAGAAGACUGAUGUGGAAGGAACCCUAUUUGUUUAUACAAGUGUCCAUUUAUGGAAUUUGGUUUUAUGAUAAGGAAGAAUGCCAAAGAAUUGCAGAGCUUAUGAAAAACCUAACUCAAUAUGAACAGUUGAAAGCCCAUCAAGGAGCAGGAGCAGGAGUCUCCCCAAUGAUCCUCAAUUCAGGAGAGGGCAAGGAAGUAGAUAUCUUACGAAUGCUCACCAAGGCCAAAGAUGAAUACACAAAGUGUAAAACCUGUUCUGAGCCAAAACAGAUAACCAGUUCAUCUGCCAUCUAUGACAACCCCUAUCUCAUCAAGCCAAUUCCAGUGAAACCCAGUGAAAACCAGCAACAGCGCAUACCUCAGCCUAGACAGACCUUGGACCCUGAACCCCAACACUUAUCCCUGAUGGCUCUCUUUGGGAAACAGGACAAAGCAACAUGUCGGGAAAUUGUGGAGCCUCCACAGACCUUCCACCAGCAGCAGCAGCAAGAGAAACUUCCAGUUCGGCAGGGGGUUGUACGGUCCCUGUCCUAUGAGGAACCCAAAAGACACUCACCCCCUUUGGAGAAGCAGCUCUGUCCGGCCAUUCAGAAACUCAUGGCCAGGAGCGCAGACCUCCAGCCAUUGUCAGAGCUGCCCGAAAACCGGCCCUGUGAAAAUGGCAGUCCCCGUUCUGCCAGGGAAAUUUUUCCCAGACUUGUCCAGCCAGCAUGUUCCCAUAACAUUGGGAUGUCUCAUUGUGUACAAAGUGCUUCCAGAGCUCAGAGCCUGUUAGAGAAGCUUCAGAGUGCCCCAGGGGCAGAAAUGAAGUAUGAUACCAGUACACCAGGACCUUCCAGCUCAGCUGCCCCAAACUUCAGCAGAACUCUCACUGCUGCCACCCCUGUAGCUCCAGGAAAGGCUUUGGCUCAGCCACAACUGGUAUAUUUCAAUGGCUCCCUUCCACCUGAGACACUAGGACAUCAGGCUCCUGGGAAAGAACAGUCCGCAUUCCCAAGAACAACACUUCCUCUGUCCUGCAAUCAAACUAGCAGUUGUGGAGUGGUCUCCCCUCAGGAGUUACUGAGAAAGCUCCAGAUCGUGCAGCAGGAGCAACAGCUGCAUGCCUCCAACCGCCCAGCCUUGGCAGCUAAGUUUCCUGCGGUAACUCAGAGCUCUAGGACGGCAAAACCCUUGGAAUCCUGGAUCGACAAGACAUCCAGCACAGAAAGGCAGGCUCCUCUUUUUCAGGUUAUCUCACCUCAGCGCAUCCCUGCUACAGUGACUCCUUCUCUGCUCAUGUCCCCCAUGGUGUUCACGCAGUCCACCUCGGCCCCAUCAAAGGAGAGGGACAGUGGGCUCUUGCCCUUGGGAAGCCAAGAACCGACUGCUGCCUCCACCAGCCUCUUCCUGCCUCUGAAGAACCCAGAGCCUCCCGCGAUCACCAGCAGCCCUCUUACCAAGCUGCAACUUCAGGAAGCACUACUGUACCUCAUCCAGAAUGACGACAACUUCUUAAAUAUAAUCUAUGAAGCUUAUCUCUUCAGUGUGACACAAGCAGCCGUGAAAAAGACUAUGUGAAAGCAAAACAUUUUUAACUGAUUUUCAAGGUCCUUCAGGAGCUCAGCAUAAGGCUCUUCAGCGUCCAGUGGUGUUACUUAAAUGUUUCUGCCUUUUUGAAAAAAAAUUAUGUAUAAUAUGAAAUAAAAUGUUUUAGACUUUUUUUGCCUAGUCAAGCUUUGUUGUUUUUUUUUUUUUUGUUUUUUUUUUUUAAUUGUAUCCUUCAGUAUACCUGGUACUAAGAAUUGAGUGAAAAGAAAAAGUCUUUUGCUCGGGUCACAUAGUAAAUGCCAAGCUUAAAUUAUUUUUUUUCUUAUACAUAAUGAGGCCAUUUCUAGAAGAAUUAGCUUCUCCGUAAGAAGGGCUGUUCUUGGAGUUUAAUUCCUUUUUACUUUAUUUUUUUAUUAGUAGCUCUGCUUAUGCAUUGAACGUGGCGAGUGUUUCCAUGCCGUUAAGUACCCCGUUGCUGAACCUCGUGUGUCACGGUGUGUACAGGCCACCAGGUGGCAGUGUCAUCCCACAAAUUAACCUACAGAGCCCUUAAUGAGCCUUUGAAAGUAAUGAUGGUUUUCUUUUACCAAAGCGAACUUUUCAUUUGUAAAAAUCGACUUGGCAUGUUUUACCUAGGCCUUUGAAGGGAAAUUAUUUCUAAAGGUAUUUAUAGCUAGUUCCUAGCGGAUGGUUGUCGUAGGAGUCCACAAAUGGCCCAGAUUUCCAGCAACACUUCAUUUAUCCCAGCUCAAGUUAUUUCUUUUGGACCUGAGCAGCUGGAUAUGCCUGGCUAUGCUUCCAAAUGAACAUUCUAUCAUUUUUAGCAAACUGUUCUGAGAGGGAGGUCACAGAGGAUUGUAAAGCCUUUUCUUUGCCUCUAAGAAUAGGUAGUGGAUGGUUUCAGGGGCAUAAUAAUGAGGCUUCUUCAAGCUAUGUAGCAGAUUGAUUUUUAUGUUCACAGGGAUGAGGAACUUAAUCUUGGAAGGAGUCAGGAGAACCCUUGCCAAGUUGUUAAGGCCCAAAGAGUACGUAUGGGAAUUAGUCCCUGCUGAGUAUUAGUAAUAAAUAAAACUUUGGAUUUCCAUAGCCCUUUUUAUUCUUGGAUCUUGAAAACAUCUUUAGAUUGCUGCAGAGCAGAUGGGUUUUGUUCUCAUUUUAUAGAUCAUAAAAUGGAAGCAUGGAGGAAAAAUCUAUUUUCUUACAGUUUCUGGUGCCUAGACAUGGACUUUAAGCUUUAGGCCUUUAUUC